GGACGCCAUUUUUAAAAGGGUGACCUUUUUUUUUGCGCCUCUCGGUUCGCGCGGAGCUUCAGGGCGCGUACUUGCUUGCGGCCGCGGUUGCUCGCCGCACUUAGGAACCAUGGCAGCAAGGCGUCUACGAACGGUAGCCUGGAUCGGUGGAGGCUCGAUCGUCGCUGCCUAUGGCUUUACUUACCUCAACGAGCACAGGCGAGCACCCGCCGUCGUCGUCGAAGCCGCGGAUCCGAAGGACAUGCCGACUCGGCCACACCUCCCUUUGCCGCCCCGCGCUACGCAGCUCAAGAACCUGCGCGAGACGCCCGAAUUCGAUGUGCUCGUCAUCGGCGGCGGAGCGACUGGUGCCGGAGUCGCGCUGGACUCUGUAACGCGGGGCCUCAAGACCGCUCUGGUGGAGACGUACGAUUUCUCCGCCGGCACGAGCAGUCGGAGCACCAAGCUGAUCCACGGCGGUGUGCGCUACCUCCAGAAGGCCAUCAUGAACCUAGACGUCGAACAGUACCGGAUGGUGCGCGAAGCUCUGCAAGAGCGUGCGAACCUGCUCGCCAUCGCGCCUCACCUGUCGAGUCCGCUGCCCAUCAUGCUGCCUAUCUACCGCUGGUGGCAGGUCCCCUACUACUGGGUCGGCAUAAAGAUGUACGACGUGGUCGCGGGAAAACAGUGCCUGAAGAAGAGCUACUUCCUCUCGGCCAAGCGGUGUCUUGAACUGUUUCCCAUGCUGAAGAAGGAGCACCUUUGCGGCGGCCUCGUCUACUAUGACGGUCAGCACAACGACGCACGGAUGAACGUGAGCAUCGCACUAACGGCGGCGCGCAACGGGGCCAGCAUCGCCAACCACACCAGCGCCAUCGCGCUGCUGAAAAAAACUGAUGAGAACGGGAAGCAGGUCGUGUGCGGGGCGAGGAUGAAGGACAUGUUGACGGGCGAUGAGUUCGACGUGCGGGCUAAAUGCGUCGUGAACGCAACGGGACCUUUCACCGACACCAUACGCCGUAUGGACGACCCCAACUGCAAAGCCAUUUGCAUGCCGAGCUCUGGUGUUCACAUCAUCUUGCCCGACUACUACAGUCCCGACAAUAUGGGCCUUUUAGAUCCUGACACGAGUGACGGGCGUGUCAUCUUUUUCCUUCCGUGGGAAAACGCGACAAUCGCUGGGACAACAGACAGACCUUGUCCAGUCACCCACAACCCGGCUCCUACUGAAGAUGACAUCAUGUUCAUCCUAAACGAAGUUCGUCACUACUUGAACCAAGAUGUGGUUGUGCGCCGGGGUGACGUCCUGUCAGCGUGGGCAGGCAUCAGGCCACUGGUCGUCGACCUGAACAAGAGUGUGCCUGGAAAGACGGAGGCUAUUGCACGAAAUCACAUAAUCUACAUUAGUGAUUCGAACCUUGUUACUAUUGCAGGAGGCAAAUGGACCACAUAUCGUGUCAUGGCUGAGCACACUAUGGAUGCGGCCAUCAAAGCCUGUGGCCUCCAGCCACAGCAGAAAUCUCAGACCCUGGGCUUCAUCCUCGAGGGUGGCCACACGUGGACACCAACAACGUACAUCCGCCUCGUACAGGACUUUGGGCUGGAACCAGCGGUUGCGAAACACCUGUCAAGGAGCUACGGUGAUCGUGCAGUUUCUGUCGCAAAGCUAGCUGCGCUCACUGGGAAGCGCUGGCCAGUCCUGGGACGGAGACUACAUGAGGAGUUUCCAUACAUCGAGGCAGAGGUGCGCUAUGCAGUGCGAGAGUACGCUUGCACUGCUGUCGAUGUGAUUGGUCGCCGCAUGCGGCUUUCGUUCCUCAAUGUCCAAGCAGCGCACGAGUGCCUUCCAAGGGUCGUUGACAUCAUGGCCGAAGAGCUGAAGUGGACCAAAGAGAGGAAGGAGCGGGAACUGGCCAAGGCCAAAGAGUUCCUUGACAUUGAGAUGGGCGGUGAUGUCAACAAGGAGUCCCAGAAGAAACUCCCCAUGACUUUCACAGCAUCUGAAAUGGACCAGUACAUUCAGAAAUUCCAGGCCAUCGACAAAGACCGCAAAGGCUACAUCAGUGUGGUUGAUCUGCGUAGAAGCCUCAAGGCUGCAGGAGAGGCUGUAUCAGAGUCACAGUUGCGAGAAAUGCUGAACGAGGUGGACCUGAACAAGAAUGGACAGAUUGAGCUUAGCGAGUACUUGGAGUUGAUGAAUUCUAUCAAGACGGGCUCUAUCGCAGGAAGCCGGCUUGCCCAGGUUGUUGAUGUAGAGUAUUCAAGGACACUGACUGUUGAUAGAAGCGGGGGUGGUCUCUAAGGAGGUGCUGUCACUUGUAGUUUUGUUUUUCCUUUAUUAUCCGGAACAUCGUGCAGAAAAAUGAUCCCCAUCACUUCCCUUUAUCUCAGCAUGAGCUAUGUUGCUGUUACGUACACUCAUGAAAAGUGCAGUGUUUGCCAACGUUGGUAGAGGCAGCUUUUGCCAUCUUUUUACUUGCCCCGUUCUCCUAGAUGAGAACAAGAACAGCCUGCCAAAGGUCAUAUUGACAGCAUUUUGUUUUUCUUUUGCUAAAACAAUUUCUAUUGAAUAGAGAUUUCUGGUCCUUGUAGAUGUGCUGCAUUUCCUCUCCCGUGCUGUGUUCAUUAACUAUGCGAUAAGUGGUUUUUCGAGCACCAUUAUUCACGUUUGAUUGUGCUAUGGAAUGGCCAUGAGCUGUGUACGUCUAUAAACAAGGAGGCAAAUUGCCACACCCGAGUGAUACGAAGCGCCAUUUUCGUCCUGUUUCGUGCAUUUUUGAGUACUUUGGUAAACCACAUCCUUUUUUUUUUUAUUCGUACUGCACAUAUUAUUUACCUAGCUCUUACUGAAAUGUGAACAUGUUGACACAUUCUCCUACAAUGUGUUGUGUGUGUGUUUGUUUAGGCGUUUUACAAUGUGGUGUCUUUAAAACUUUCAAAGCCGCUUUGCAAGUGACAAGAUCUCGUUUGGCUUUGCUGCAGAGUUCCUGUAGCACAGCUCUUGCUCUGAAGCUUGGACUCACCAUCUUUCUAAAUGUUGAGAAGUUUGAAGCAACAGAAGUUAUAUAACAGCCUCAGUACAUCGCCAUUGACAGGUCCAGUGGUGCGCAAAGUGGCUUGGGAAGUUUCAAAAUUCAGGCUAUACCUACACUUUUGUCAAUGAUAGAUAGCCCUUGUUGCUUUGCAUGAUUCUUUCUACCCACUGUGAUAAAGAAAUACGCUUCCAAUCGCGGUAGCUUCAGCUGCAUCACUAAUUUCUGGCAGCAUUUGUGGAUUUGUCUGUUUUUAGUACGAAACAUUGUUCUUUGUAUACGUCAAGAAUAAAUUCAUCUAGAUGGCAUCUUUUGUUUCAGGUGCUGAGCGUAAUGCCAUCGUGAUAGUCACUAGUCACAGAAUGUGAUUUUUGCUUGUUGAAUGCGUAAUGGGGAGCAUUUGCUAGAUCUGCAUUGCCCUAUUCCUAUAACCUUUGUUAUUGCUUAUAGUUGAUGAGUUGUUUUACAGAACAUCAUUUUGCUUUACAAACUGUAUUUACAAACCAUAAUUGCAAUCCUCUCACACUGUGAAGAUGUUUGUCAGAUAGGUAUGUGCCACUCGGGUUGAAACUUGCAGCCAGCAUGCCAAUUGCUCAUUUCUUCUAUAAACUGCAUAAAUGGCUACAAUACCCUCUCUCUUCCCACUGUAUUGCAUUGCUUAUCAGACACGUGAUAUGCAGUUUUUGGCACUGAAGUAUGUGUCGGCCAAUGGAGGAUCUCGACGUUUUACAUGGAAUUGCAAGCACUCAAUGCGAGACCUGUUUGCCACAUGCAAUAACAAGUGUGCAUCUGUCUUCUACAUUUGCUGGAGCACGGACUGGUUGGCCUGCUGCACUGCCGCUGGACUUUUGCUUCCAAGAGAUGCUCUGUUCUAAUAUGGGAAUCUCUGUGCGCUAUUGUCAUGCGCCAUGUAUUGUAUCCUUUUCAAAUUGCAUGCUUGGGCAUUGCUGCAGAGUGAAAACGGACUUUAUGGAAUCAAGUUCACUGAUGGCAUUUGCCCUCUUUCUUCCUGCCGCGGCUGUUCACACAUGCAGCCUGCCAUUUCCACAAGCCAUCUGCUGGCACCCAGUUACUCGUUUAGUAACUAAACUGAUUGAAUUAGUUUGCAAAUUAAAUAAUAAAGUUACGAAGUCGUCAUUACGUUGCAUGGCAGAGUAUGGAAAAGAAUGUUUCGGAGAUUCUGCUGGCACUGUAUAAUGGUUCACUUCAGUUCAAACCCACUGGCCAUGCUAUUGUUCGUGAUGAUGAAUGCCAUUUGUGACAAUUUAUUAUUUAUUAGUGUUCAUGCUUUGUUGUGGUUGCAUCAGGCAUGACUGUCUGUGAUUAGUGCACACUCUUGUGGAAUCGAAAUUUUUCUUUUCACUCAUUCAUGUUGUUCCUUUCCCACAGUGAUGCUUUUGCUGUAGUGCACAAACAGUAGGCUGUUCAAUAAAUUUUAUUAUAAGCU